GACUCCAAUCCAUCAGGUUAAGAUCUGCAGGAGGACAGAAUAUAUUCAAAAUCAUAUCUAUCCUAAUAAGGUCAAAGAUCAAUGACCAGGGCAAAGGAGUUUCCAUGAGGAUUCUUCGUAUAAUGUUAAAUCAAUAAGCCGAGAAAAUUCAAAAUUAGUGGUCUUUCCUGAGGAUGAGUCGCCUGGAUGAUUUGUUCGGCAAAAAGAGGGACGUGGUGCCAGUCCUUGAUCUCUCCAAGCAGAUCGUCACGUCGCGGGAUGACUUCAAGAGACUGCUGGAGAAAGUGCCCGACUACAAGAUGCGCCCCAUCAAGGUGCGUUCCGAUGAGAUCAAGAUCAAAGACAAAGACUGGUCAUUCAAGAUGCCUCGCAAGGAGUUGGCCGUGCUUCUUCGCUCCGGCGGCGUUCGAGACGUUCCUCAUCAGUAUCUCGAUCCCAUCCCAGCUGAGAUGCGCGGUGUUACCAUCGCUGAGCUCUGUCCCGUGUCAAUUGACUGGAAAAUGUUAACCACAUUCCGGCCGCGCACGAAGGUUGAGGAGGACUUCUUCAGUCGCCUGGUGGAACUCGGCAAGCUACAGCUCCGCACGGAAGGCAGAGAUAAGAGGGACAACGUCUUAGCAGCCUCGCAGAGGCGCACGAAGAACCGCAAUGGUGUCGUGGAGACCAGGAUUUUCUCCUGCGCCGAUUGCCUGGAGGAGUUCUGCAAUGGACGCGGUUGUGCCGAUUUCAACUACGAUUUCUACACUCGAACGCCGGCCAGUGCAUUGCCGCGACCAGUCGAACCGCCGAAGAAGUCAGGAAAUGCAGACAGAAUCUUCGCCAGUCUCACCACACCUAAAGCUAAGAGAAAGGCCACGGCGAAGAGGAAGAAGGGAUCGCGGAAGCGCAGUCCGUCGAAGAACAAGGAGCAAAAGGGCAAGAAAUAAA